AAAAGAAAGGGAAGCAGUGACAAUUGCACACUCAAAGUAACACACCCACACCCACCCACCCUCAUCCGAACCUGAGCUCCGGGUCUUGCCAACCAGGCUCGGACCUCACUGAGCCUCUCGAAAAAAGCCAAGGCACCCUCGAAAAUAAUGGAACCCAAAGCAAAGCAAGAGAGAGAAAGUGAAACAGGGUUUUAGAGAGAGAGAGGGGAUAGAGAGAGAAAACAACGAUAGAUGGGUCAGAUCGUGAGGAGGAAGAAGAAGGGACGUCCAUCCAAGGCAGAUCUAGCUCGCCGCUCCGGCGAUUCUCCGGCGACGGCGCAAUCUGACCUCCGACGGAGCCGCCGCCGCCGAAAUGUGAGGUACAACAUAGACUACGACGACUACCUGGACGAGGAAGACGAGGAUGAAGAGGAGGAUGAGAGGAGGCGCGAGAAAAAAAAGCUGAAGCUCGUUGUGAAGCUGAACAACAACGAAGAGGAAGACGAGGACGAAGAGGACUCCGCGCCGAGUCGCAGAGGCUCGCGUGGUUCACACGCGCGGGAGGAGGAGAAAGCAAAGGAGGGGGAAGACGAUGAAGACGAAGAAGAAGGAGAAGAGGAAGAAGAAGAAGGGAAUGAGGAUGCAGAGGAGCAUGAAGAGGUAAAGGCCAGAAAAGUGGAUUCCAAAGGGCUCCACUCUGUUUCAGGAACUCCAUCAAAGCUUCCACCUGGGAUUCCGUUGCCCGACAAGAGGACCCUGGAAUUGAUCCUUGACAAGCUUCAGAAGAAGGACACUUAUGGUGUGUAUGCAGAGCCGGUUGAUCCAGAAGAGCUUCCUGAUUAUCACGAUGUGAUUGAGCAUCCGAUGGACUUCUCCACAGUGAGGAAGAAGUUGGCAAAUGGAUCUUAUCAUACCUUGGAACAAUUUGAGAGUGAUGUAUUUUUGAUUUGCUCAAAUGCAAUGCAAUACAAUGCAGCGGAGACUAUAUACCACAAACAGGCAAGAUCAAUACAAGAACUGGCAAGGAAAAAGUUUGAGAAGUUGAGGAUUGAUUUUGAACGUUCUCAGAGUGAGCUGAAGUCUGAACAAAAAACAAGAUCUAAUCCCUUGGUUAAGAAGCUAGCAAAGAAGCCACUGGGUCACACUUCACAGGAACCUGUUGGCUCUGAUUUCUCCUCGGGUGCAACUCUUGCUACUAUUGGAGAUGUACUGCCAACCUCCCAUCCAAUGCAAGGUGUCAUCUGUGAAAGGCCUGGCAACAUUGAUGGCCUUACGGAGGGGAAUGCUUUCUUGAUGGAUGCAAAUCAAGAGAAAGCAGAAGACUAUUUAUCUGGGAAGGGUAUGCUCUCCAAGCUGGGAAGGAAAUCAUCUGUGCAAGACAUUGAACGUCGUGCAACUUAUAAUAUGUCUAAUCUACCAAUUACUAGAUCUGAUUCCAUAUUUUCAACAUUUGAGAGUGAAAUUAAGCAACUAGUCACUGUUGGACUACAAGCUGAGUAUUCCUAUGCUAGGAGUUUGGCUCGUUUUGCUGCAACUCUAGGACCUACUGCUUGGAAAAUUGCUUCCCGGAGGAUUCAGCAAGCACUGCCACCUGGCUGUAAAUUUGGUCGUGGUUGGGUUGGAGAAUAUGAACCGCUUCCAACCCCUGUAUUGAUGCUUGAUAAUCGUGUCCAGAAACAACAACCUAAUAUGGUGACUAAGUUGCAGCCUACUACUGAAUCAAUAAAGGUUGACAAAAAUUUAAAGAAUAUGGAAUCCACCAUGGAACCUGUUAAUGGACCAAUUUUUGAGGGAAAACAGCCUUCAGUUUCUCCUUGUAGUGGGAUUACGUCAGAAGGAAGGUCAUCUUUUUUUGGUUCUGCUGGACCAAGACCCAAUGCUCAUAUCAAUCUCUUUUAUCAGCAAUCCAAUGCCCAAACCAGGAACCUCAGUAAAUCUGAGAAUAAGGGUUUGAAGCAGGUGGAGUUGAACUCUCCACCCUCGGGUGAUCAGAAUAAUGCCAGUCUAGUUGCAAAGCUUACAAGCAAUACUCCGGCAGCAGUGUCUAAGCCCAGAGAGAUGGCACCCAAUAACAUGAAUAUUUUACCAUCUAUCCCUUUCAAGCAGCCAGAUGCUAAUGGAGUUGUUAGUGGAGAGUUGCCUAAUGGGAAAGUAAGGAAUGCUAGUUUAAAUAGACGGAUGACUGGUCCAUCAUCUGAAAAUACAUCAAAUCAGACAGGCAGAGCAGCUCCCUUUGUUGCCCAUGGGCAAGAGCAGAAUCUUAAUGACCCAGUUCAGUUGAUGAGGAUGUUAGCCGAAAAGGCACAAAAGCAACAGACUACCAGUUCAUCCAAUCAUUCCCCUGCUGACACACCACCAGUGACACCAUCAGGACGGAGAGAAGACUCAAGCAAUGCUUCCGCAGCAGCUGCCCGUGCGUGGAUGUCGGUAGGAGCAGCAGGUUUUAAACAAGGACCUGAUAAUUCUAGUUCACCCAAGAACCAGAUUUCUGCAGAUUCCUUGUACAACCCAGCGCGAGAGUUCCAUCAACAUAUUUCACGAGUUAGGGGAGAGUUUUCUUCUGGUGGAAUGCCUUUCCAGUCUGAGAAGAACAAUUUUCCAUUUCAGGCUCUUGUACCCCAACCUAUUCACCCAGUUGGCGUUUCACAAUUUCCAAACCGACCUAUGGUUUUCUCACAAGUGGCAGCUUCUGACUUAUCAAGAUUUCAAAUGCUGCCUUGGCGUGGUAUCCGUCCUCAGAGUCAACCAAGACAGAAACAGGAAACACUUCCUCCCGACUUGAAUAUCGGUUUCCAGUCUCCUGGGUCGCCUGCAAAACAAUCUUCUGGGGUGCUGGUUGACUCUCAGCAACCAGACCUGGCAUUGCAGCUAUGACAUGGAAUUGUGAUUCUGGUGUGUGGAUAUUUCCACAAGAAAUGGCUAAUUAUGGAAUUUUGGCUCCUGUUGUCGGAUGUCAAUUUUGAUCGAAAAGCCUUUUUAGAUAACGAGGAAAAGGCUACCAUUUUGCUACUUUUGGAAGAGAUGAAAUGACUAGCAUGUGCUUGGGAAGAUUGUUAACCCUCGGAUGCUUAUACUGUGGAACUUAUGGUUUUCUUAAGUAGGAUUUGGCACAAGGUAAAUCCAGAUGAGUUUGGUCAUGUUCAGAAGAUUUGGGUGGAUUUGGCAUAAAAUAACUUCACGACUUUCCAUCUUUUCCAGAUGAGAAUUGCUUUGUUACUGCAGCAUGUCCGUGUUCCAUCCUGGAGUUGAAACCAUGUAAAAUAUUUACAAGUCGAUUAUGAUCAAUCAUUGCUUAGAUUUUUCAAUUAGCAAGCCAAAAGUCAUGUUAUGAUGCCUUGUACAUUCCUCACAAAUGGUUGAAAUUCAGUUGCUCAGAUAUUGAUUUUAUUGGAUGAUUACUUGUUUAUCUGAAUUUGAUGGAAGGGCAUCAUUUCUUAUAGUUCUUAAUGCUGCUAUUGUUCCGUACAUGAGAUUUAUUUGUCACUAAUGCAAAACCACAAAAUUGCUUUUCCUUGUUUUACCCGGUUGGGCUGCUUCAACAUUUUUGGAUAAAUACCGUACACACCUUGGAGCUUGUCUUAAUGUGUUUGUCCGUUCUGAGUUCACACAAAAUUAUAUAAAGUGGUUUGUGUUGACAAAAAUAAAAAGAAAAAGAAAAAAGUGACUUGUGAUUGAGUGUUUGGAACAGUGUUAUAUUCUGAGCAUAUCAGCAUAUCUUUUAUGCAAAAGCUACUUUUGGUGGCGUUAAUGUAAUGCAAAACUAAAUAUAC